AUGCGCGUCAUAGCCAUUAAUGCGAGGGAGCAAGAAGAUCGGCGCUGCCUUGAGGAGCUGACCAACGCUACCCUACAUGACGCAGACAACUUAGUUGCCCAGGCCAGGCGGCGUGUUUACCAACUACGUAAUCGCCAGAUAGUUGUCAAGACGCCUGAUGGAGGUCGGCGUAAGAAUGUUCCUAGAACUCUUGAUACCGAAACUCAAGCAGGCUCGGCGCAUCCAGGUGGUGUGCGAAAGGAACAGAAAGAGAACGACGCAACGGGCCGCUUUAGCCAUGCUCCAGGCAGCGGGCCUGGGCAACCACAAGGGGUGGAGCAUGAGCACGUUAGCGAUGAGGUUUUACAGCGGGCGGAGCCUGCUGCUGCAAAGCCCAGCCCUGUGCAUGCGGGCCAGAAGCGUGGCCUGCAAUCUGCAGCGUCACAAGCAAAGCCUAAACGACCGAAGGCGCAGGCGGGGGCGUCGGCCCCUGUGGAGGCGUUGGAUGCCACAGGUGGCUCAUGUCACGGGCCGAGUCCGCAGCCCUCGGAAGGAAGGCCAGCUACGGUCGGCAAGCCUAUCGACGUUGGCACUCUUGUAACCGCAACACCAGUACAGAGCCAACCCAUUGGCGAGACGCCGGUUGGCCAGACGCUCGAGAAAUCGGCCGACAACGGGUCUAGGCGAGGGCGUGCUAGGCCGAAGAAGCAGCCCACCACUCAGCCAGCAGGGGACGUGCAGACAGACAUGGCGCAGCCGGCCGAGCCUGCCAUCGCGAGAGGACAGUCAGCGGUAGUUGGAUAUUCGCCGCGGGUCACACGCUCGCGGCGCGCGCAACCUCCAGCGGCCACAUCCCCUUCGGCAGCAGCAACAAAGCAGGUUCGCAGCAGAAGCACUCGGCAGAAGCGCGACAUGAAGGAGGCGCAGCUCGGUUCGCCGGGCAUGCAUCCCAAAUCCAAGGCUGCAACGGAACGCGGUGCCAUAGUCCCGCCUGCUCCCUUGGUGACGAGUGAAAAGGUGGGCACUGCCGUGACGACGAUCCAGCCCAGCACCAGCGGGGGUGCAAGUGAACAACAUGUUGGCAAGUUGCAAGCGACCGCAGCCAUGGAAGAGCUCAACGCUUGCUCAAGCGGACGUGAGGUGGACGCCGGGCAGCACCUAGCGGGCGCUCAUACAGACGGGCCAGGCGAGGAGUUGUGCAUGCACGAGCAGGACGAUAUGCCACUGCCACUAGCAGAGGGGGACGGACAGCCCAAUGGCCCAGUAAGUGAACCUACGUUGGACGACGUCGCCGGGCCAGCAGCGGCAAUGUCAGGACAGCUGAACACUGGGCCAAAAGUAUGCGGCCGUGAUGGUGAAGAACAGCAACCGGCGUCUUUCCAGCCCAAUGAGCAUGCUCCUGCACCGCAGCGAGGCUUGGAAAAGCCUUCAGCAGCAGCAACUGCCAACGUGAAGCGGAUGCCGGCCAAUGUUGCGGCAGCCUUGGCUGUGUUUGGAGCAAUCUCUGCUAAAGCAGGUGUUAAUUCUUCUGCUAAGGCUACCUUGGCGUCGCCGUGUGCAACGACUCGUCAGGAUGGGCGCAGUAGCGCACGCAGGAUCGAUCCGCCAGGGCCAGGAUUGGCGCCCGGUACAGAGGCGGUGCGCCCUGCUGAAGAGCUCUUCUCUUUUGGCACAAAGCCAAAGGAGCAAUCCUCGCCCACAAUGCCGCAUUUCGGCUCUGCGGCUGAGCAAGUAGCUGCUGCCGGUAAUGCUGCGUCAGACUCGCUUCUCUUCGAGCAGGAGCGUGACGGGACGCAGCACUCGCCGGUGGAGGCGGCUGUCCUCGUAGCGCCUGCAGAAGACAUGGCAGCUGUCGCGUGCACACCAGGUGCAGGGCCAUCGAGUGUCGCGGACCAGACCGAAGAACCCGAAGUGCUGGAGGAAGUGCAGGGCGCUGGUGAUUGUGAGAAUGCCAAUGACCCCGACGCAAUCGACGGGCAAGCUCCUACGUACGGUGAGGAUGGCGCGGGGAUAGGUGCGGAGGCCAAUGACCGUGUGGAGUUUCGCCACCGGUCGCUGUCACUCACCCUGGCGGUGCAGUCGCCCAUAACCCGGGCAUCUGGUGCAGAGCUAAAUACUCAACAGGCUUUGAGCGACGCCAUUGCAGACAACGUCGGGUCCGGGAUGAUGGUGGAGGACAACGCAGUCCAGGAGCAUGUGCAGGAGGCGACCCAGAGCACAGCGGUUGACUGUGUUGGUGAAGUGGUUGAAAUUGUGGUCGACGAUGCUGUCAAGGCCGGGCCCUUGGACCCGGAGCAAAGCUUGUACGACGGCCCAGUGCCGCAUGGACAGGAAAGCUUCGUGGACGUCACUGCAGCAGAUGAGCCUGAGGACACGCAAACUGAGUGUGUCGCAACAGUGGGUGCUGGUAAAGCUGAGGCCAUGGAACGGGACAAUCUGGAUGGGGCAACGGGCUGUGACGCAGGUACUGGCGGCAGUAGCGCACCAGCUCCAAGCGCUCAGAUGGAUGUGCAGUCUACAGGUGCUCAAGCCGACCAAGAAGGCCACGGUGCAGAUACAGAGGCGACAGUGCCGCCUAGCAAACCCAAGGGUAGCAACCUGGUGUCCGCUAUUCGUAGCUUCCUGCCGCAGCGCACUGCACCAUCACCACCGCCGGCGGCUGGGAAGAAGCCUGUGAAGGUGAAGGCCCUUGAGGCCGCUCAGGCUGCCAAGCAAAAGGAGGCUGCACGCCAAGCCGAGCGUGCGCUUGCGCGUGCUGCUGCAGCGGACCGCCAACGCCAGGUGCAGGUUGAUGCCGGGCCCAGCAAUGCAGGCGGCAAGUCAGGAGAUUGCAUUGCGAUUGGUGCCGCAGUUGGCACGCUUGAAGGUGUCAAGGCAAAGGCAGCCUUCUACCAGCAGCGGGAGGAACAGGCCAAGAAAGCUGCAGCGGCGCAGGCUGCCAUUCGGAAGCUGGCAGUCCCCACGACCGCUGGAGCUCCGUUGGGCGCUCAGCCACUUGCGCCGGGCGACAAGGCGGGUGCGAACGCGAGGGCGGCGGUGGCGGCCGGUGACAGCGAAGCGGCGUUGGUGGCUUCUGCAGCAGCGGCACCGGCAGCGAUGGCUCCUCCCAGUGCCGUGAAGCCCAGCGUUGUGGGUCUGACUGGUGUCCGCGGUGUCAAUCCGGCACCAUCAGCCGCAUCCGCCGAGACUGUUGCCGAUAAACAGAGGCGCGUGGAGGCAAAGCGCCGUGAGGAGGAGGAGCGGCGGCGCGCGGAGCUUGAGGCGCGCACGAAGGCAAAGGAUGACAAGCUACGAAACAUUGAGGCUGCCAAGCAGCAACAGAGGUUGGGGGGAGGGGGAGGUGCACCUCGGCCACCCCCACCGCUCAUACCAAACCCUGUAGCUGUACAGGCAAGCGGCAGGCGGCCAUUGUUGAACGGUGCUGGCGCCGGCGCAGGUCAAGCUGCGGCCGUCUAUGUCAAGCCUGAGCCUGAAAAUGGGAACAUGGGCUUUGUCUCUCUAAACGCUGCCAAGACCCCUGGACCGAAGACUGGCACUGCCAAGACCCCCGGACCGAAGACUGGCCCAGUGGCCAACAACAUGGUCUCCCCCGCUGUGCAGAUGCAGAUUAAGCUCCUGCCCGCCGUCCACGCCCAGUCUGCCGCUGCGGGUCCCGAGGGCACCAAAGCUGCUGGCGCUGCACCAGGCUUGCCCAGGCCGAAGCCAGUGGGCGUGGUGCAGGCAAAGCAGGCGCCAGUCGCGGCUGCUGGUUCCCAGAGGGAGGGUGGUGUAACGCCCGGAGCUGCAGACCUUACGGAGGAGGACCGGCGGAAUGUGCUCGCAAUUCAGACGUCGCCCUAUGUCAUGCAGGUCAAGCCGCGGACGCCCGCCGUGAUGACAGCUACUAAACCCCUUUUCAACUAUGAGAUCUCACCAUACAGGUCCGACUCGGAUUCCGACACCUAUGACGACGAGGAUGGCCCUGGUCGCCGGUGCAAGCCGGUGCCUGCAUGGGCAGCGGAGGACAAGGUCUUGCUCGCGGUGGAUGCCCAAGCCGGCAUGAACGCUGACGCCAUCUUCGGCAGUUACCCCAGGACAAUCGACGUCGUCAAAGUCUUUUCCAACAUGCCCCCGCCGGGCGACAAGGAUCCUCGUGGCCGGCCACGGCGUGAUUACCGGCGGCGAGGAAGCAGCGGCAACUGGGAACUUGACAUGUUUUGA